GAAAAUAUGAAAUCAAUCUUAUCCAAGAAAUAGACCCACAAUAUCAAAGAAAAUAGUGAGGUGUCACAAAGCUAUUGACUGAUAGCUCAUCCUCGCAAUCUCUGCCUUCGUCCACAAAAUCAAUCUAUUUCAUGUUUUUGGUAUUAACUUAAUAAAAUAAAGAAGAUCGGUUCGGGAGAAAGAAGCAAAGGAGAAAAAUGGCAGCAACAUUUGCAACCCCAUCGACGGUGAUAGGCCUCGGAGGAUCGUCUGUUUCUACCAGACCCCUCUCUUCAUCCUUUUUAAAACCAACACUAAGAGCAAACAACCCUCUGAGACUCGCCGGGGCAUCGGGAGGAAGAUUCACUUGCUUUGAGAGGAACUGGUUGAGGAGAGAUCUGAACGUGGUGGGGUUUGGGCUAAUCGGAUGGCUAGCUCCGUCGAGCAUUCCGGCGAUAAACGGGAAGAGCCUGACAGGUCUCUUCUUCGAGAGCAUCGGAACAGAGCUCGCUCAUUUCCCAACUCCUCCAGCUCUCACUUCACAGUUCUGGUUGUGGUUGGUUACGUGGCAUUUAGGCCUCUUCCUCUGCCUUACCUUCGGACAAAUCGGAUUUAAGGGCAGGACCGAGGAUUACUUCGAAAAAUGAUUUGUGCCUUUAGUUUCCAUUUGUAUUAUAUCUCCCUCUCUCUCUCUCUCUUGGUUCUCGGUGUAAUUCUAUUACUCAAAACAAAGCUUGCUUUCUUUGCUAUUUAAUGUUUCUUUCAAUAUUGACAAAAAUGUUUCUUAAUGAUCUUGAUUCUUAGAAUGUCUCGUCCGUCUAAGUUAAAAAUAAAGUAGAAAAGGUUGGAGUUUCUUCUCCAUCAGCGAUGAAGUGGAAUUGGAUCAAAAGCUUUCAGAUGAUUGGGUAUUAUGAAAUACAAUACGGGUUUGAUUGGUAUUUCCAGUAAUUUACAAGCAUGC